UGUGGCCCCGCCCAUUUGCAACAGUCUCCUCCCAUCGGUGGAAGGGAGAAGCCAUUUUUGUUUCAUGUCUGAAAACCUUCGUUGACUUGAAAUUUGAUGUAUAUCGGGCUCUGUGAAGACACCUGAAGCCUUUAUGCAACCCAUCUUUGGAUGGGUACCAUGAAUUGUGAAGAACCAAAUGUGGAGAGGGCUGUUCUCUCCUGGUCCAGAUUUGCUGCAGCUGGCCAAACUGCCCUGAAGGAGGCCCUGAAGGUCUUCAAUCCCAUUUCCCAGGACCUCUCUGAGACCGAGAGGCAAAUGGUGUCUUUUGUUCAGGCGUUAAAAGAUGAAGGACGUAAACCAUUGGUGCUAAGAAGCAAAGAUGUAUACGGAUACAGGUCCUGCACAACACAGUGUCUCACAACAGAGAUUGGUAGUAAGAUUCCGAGAAUACAAAAACCUUGUAAGAAACGAGGUCGAAAAACUUCGAUAAAGAACAAGGAUGCCAGCUCCUCAGUUUUCAGUACAACCACCAAGGCCAUCUUACAAAACCAGCCCAAGAUUCUACUGACCAAUCUCUCAGUAGAUACUCUCAAGCAGACUGUUUCACCGAAACCAUCAGUGCCGAUCUCAAGUUCUGUUCAAGUGCAGCAGUGCUUGAAAUUAACAAAUAUAAAGGGUGUUACUGGGGGGCACACUGCAAGGCUGCAAAUUCACUUUGGUGCGGACUCACAAAGCAUGAUCAAUCCCAGUGCCCAUUGCCCCCCUACACUAUCUGGGAUACCAUAUUCUCCUUCAGAAAACAUCACUCAAUCAUCAAGUGUUGUAGCUUUGGACAAUAAGAGAGUUUUGUCCUGUCCAAUUAAAGUGGACGAUGCCCUUAUUGGAGAUUCUGCCCCAAUUGUUUGUCAGAAUGGUAUUAGUCUGAAGGGGGGUAAAAAGGUCCCGAUAAUAGGUAAUUCUGGUGUGAUGAGCAAUGGUUUGAACUGUGAGGACAGUGACUCAAUGAGAAGGCUGAACUGCCAAGGUCGGGGUUGGUCUCAGCCAGCGCUAGUCACAAAUCACCAAGACAUGUCGAAACUGAACGGAAAUAGUCUUCAGUGGAAAGUCAUCAAAGUGGACGAGUCCGUCACUGACGAGGAGGUGAGGAAAGAAGCUCAGAAAAUCUUGCGAGUCAAUUUGUCACCCGUGAUACAGAUUCAUCCACUUGUACAUUCUGUAUAGACUUGAGAUCAAAAGUGACUUUUAUAUCCAUAUACUAUUAGACUUUCUUAUACUGGGACGUUGAUCGGAUCAAAACACGAUUAUUUCCAUCAGAGUUGGACGUCUUAUUACAAAUUAUGCAUUUUUCACAUGUAUGACCAACUUUGGUGAUCCAAAGAGGGAAAUUACUUUGAUUUUCCAUGACAUGAGUGUUUCUUUUAUUCAUUCAAAUUUUGCCUUGAUUUUGAUAAACUAAGCUAAAAGAAAUAACCACAUUGUGUCACUAUGCAGUGUUCCUUUAUGUCCCCUCAUUCUUGGAACCGGCUACCUGAGAACUUUGAAAUUUAGUGUCAAUGUAAGAGAUGAUACUUUAUUGAAAUUUAUUUCAGUUUGUGAUUGUUUUUAUUUCAUGCCUUGGUUAUGUUUUUAAUUGUCCAAAGCAUAAAUCUGUAGGCAUAGACUUCAUAAUGUUGAAGUUUUAAUGGUACAUGGGGGUGGGGUUAUGCUACAGACCUGGUUGGCACAGUGAGGACUGGUCCAGCAUCAUUCUAUUUUGAAAACUGCUUCAAAUAACAGGGACUCAAAUACCAAAUACACGAGCGAUUUGCUGAAUAUUGAAUCCUUUUUUGUUUACCUUUUUCUUCUCCCCGCUUUAACAGGCCCGCUUUAAUUCGACAGCGAAUAAUCCAAACACAUAAAAAUUUAAAUCUUCACGUGAUCUGGCAGUACAGAACCAAAACCGCACUACACUUUUUUCCCCCACUUCUUCAUUUAUUUGAUGCGUGCCUAUAACAACGCCAGUUUCAUCUAUUGAGAACUUGCAUCUAAUUCGAAUCUUAAGUUAAUUACUGCAACUCAGGGAUACGAUUUCCUCUGAGACACAGAUGAGUUCUCUUCCUGCUUGCAUGCAUGCACCAGAAGCAGCAAGCCCAGCUGUGACUUGGGGGGAUGGGGGGGAUGGGGGCAGGGUAGAGAAGUGACUAUGAAUAAUCAACCAAGACUUAGUGUUAUAAUUAGACCAUCCUUAUACCCCCCUGUACCAUUUAAUAGAUUGGGAGCACUAUGAUUUGAAAAUUUUAUCACAGGGCAAAAGAAAUGGCCUUAUGUUUCGUUUUUUGUGUUUUGAUUGUAUUUUAUUCUGUACUGCUCACUUCAUUUUUAUAUGAGACAACACUGGUAUUUUGGUGCUCAAUGAUUACAAUGUUGCCAUAGCCAUUAGCAUUCACAUUUGCUGACAGUGAUGGCCUGAUUUAAGUUUCUGUAACCCUAUUAUUCAACAUCAUUCCGAUCCCCAAUUUCAGUCAGUAGAACAGAUGAAAGGUCAAAUAAAUUGGUCAUUCUGAAAAGAAAAGAAAAAACACUGGUACACUCCCCAAAACUCGACAGGUUUUUCCCCAAAAAUACUUUCGAAAUUGCUUCUUUUGAGGUCAUAUAUAUAUAUAUAUAUAUAUAUAUAUAUAUAUAUAUAUAUAUAUAUAUAUAUAUAUAUAUAUAUAUACACACAUAUAUCUUUUAUAUUUUUCCCUCUGAUGAUUCUCUAUAUACAUAGCUUGAGCUUAGAUAUGGAUGUAUUUUUCAAAAUUAAUGCAGUGUAUAUGUCAGCAAAUGUUCAUGAUCUUUUUCAGAAUUCCACUGUAAACGCUUUAAUCCUGCAGUUUUUACAGAACACUUAACCCGUGUACACAGUUAAACCAUUUAAAAUGAGCAUUCAGUUCACUUUGUUAUCGGAAUAAUUUAUAUGUUGGGAGAAGAAAGUCAUACCGGAAGCCACAAUCAUAACUUUUUUUUAAGGCUAUUUCAGUCUGCAACAGAAACCAGUGCUGAGGCAUCAAGAACAAAUUCAUCCUUUAUUACUGAUUAAUCUUUUUUAUUCAGUUGAAUCUGUGACCUUGAACUGUAAAAUGUCAGUGUUGUAUCUUUAGUUACUAUUCAGAAGUUGUGAAUUAAAGUAUUUAAAAAAUGA